AUGGCUCCCACUCCCUGGGCCAAAGUCACACCCCCUUUGGUCUGUGAUAAAGCAGUUCCCUUGCACACGCAGCUCCACAGCUGCUUUGUUGACAAAGCCAUGCCUUGCCGACACGUCUGUCCAGUGCUGGGCGUGUCUCGGGAGAGCGUUGCACUCAGCAGCGGGGAGGAGGACCUCGGAGCCACUGGCCAACCCAGGCCCGGCCUUCUACUGCCCUGCGCCCUUGCCGCUGCCCCCUUCGCCUCCAGGAAUGUGGGAGCCCCCAGCACCAGCCCGGGAGCCCAGGCAAGGCUACUGAAGGGAGAGGAAGAGGACCCUCUGGGGGGCCUGCAGCAGCUUCCUUGCCCGGGGCGGGGCGGGGCGGGGGGGCACUCCCCCGUGGAAGGAAACGCUCCUGUGCGGAACCGAAGAAACCUCCUCCAGCUGGCCGGGGCCAUCCUGUGCACCACGCGGCGCUCCCCGCUGGCCUACGUGCGCUACGGCUGCUACUGCGGCUUGGGAGGGAGCGGCUGGCCCAGGGACCCAGCCGACUGGUGCUGCUUUCAGCAUGACUGCUGCUACGGGAAAGCCGAGGAGGAGCAGGGCUGUGCCCCCAAGACGGAGAGCUACAAGUGGGAGUGCGAAGAGGACGAAGCCAAGUGUGACGAUGAAGACAGUUGCCAAAAGACCAUUUGCGAAUGUGACCGCGAAGCAGCCAAGUGCCUGGCCUCCGCCCCCUACAAUGCCACCUACCUCUUCUGGCCGGAAAAUUCGUGCGGAAAGGGCAGCCCCCAGUGCGAAGACGAUUGAGACGGACCGGCACACCGGCCAGCCUUCGUGGAGCGGGCCGUGCGCUUCCUAAAGCAGGGGUAGGCCACGCAUGACCCACCCACAUGGCCUCGUCAGUGGCCCCUGCCACACCUGCAGGGGCAAAGGAAAGCUAGCGGUUCCCCCCCCCCCCCCCGAAAUUCAGCACAGAUUCAGAAGUGCCAAACGGAGCUUGUUUUCAGGCUAAAUGUGGCCCUUUCCUCCCAUCCCAGUAGCAUUUUGCUGCUGAACUUUGGCGGCAAACUAUCCAUUUCUUUUGCUGCUCUGGCUGGUGCGGUAGUGGGAUUGUGGUCCCCAGGGGAGUCCAAGUCUGGAAAUCGGCCCCCAGACUGCUCAAAGUUGCCCACCUCCGUACAUCUCUCUUCUUAAAAAAGAAGCGAAAUGGCUAUAGAUUUUUCCCAGGUGGUGAGACUGGGUGUUGUCUAAGUACGUGCUCCAGCUUUCCAGUUAAGUUCAGCCAGUCUUAACACAACACAGAACAUUAAGGACUCUCCCCAGAUGUCCAGACAUCUGAGCGAACUCCAGCCAUUAGAACACAACACGCACACACCUUUGGUGCCUCGCAUUUCAAUUCAGCAAGUGAGCCACUAUUUCUCAACACAGAGCCCAAGUGUUUUCCAGAAAGUCCUCCUUUUGCCCUCCUCGCCUGGUAAUGUAUUGGUCAUGGCCCUUCUUCUGUACAUGGUGGAGUACAGUCCACUGGGAAUGUGGUUUAGAAUCACAUUCACUGUGGAUGCUGAUUGUAAUGUGUGUGUUUUUUUUUUAAAAAAAAAGCAUUAGCAAGAGUAAUUCACCCCAUAGCGUUGCAAGGGAAGACACAAGAUAGAACUACCGAAUAAAAGUGUAACAAGAUUGAGCUUAUAUCAACAUGAUCUUGUCUCCUGGAAGUUUACCAACAGCUAGACUUGACCUAAGGAGACAUACCAAAUCCCCACUCAGCCAUGAAGCUCACUGGGUGACAUGUAGCCAGUCGCGGUUGUUCAGCCUAGCCUACCUCACAGGGCUGUUAAGAGGAGUAGAGUGUACGAUAAAGAAAUGUAAUACUACAAGUAAUAAAUAUUACAAAACAAA